AUGGCGGAAUGUGAUGCGAUUCUACUUGAUGCCAUAGUUGAAAAACUCAGUCCAGUUACGUUCGGUCUUCUGCUGGCAGUGGUAGUAGUGGCAGCCGAGAAAAAAAUCGAGCUACAAGACAUUGAAGAAGAUAAUUUAAGGAACGAAAAGCAAAAGCAUUUUGAGAAAUCCGACGGUCGUGGACCAAGUGCUGGGACAGCUCCAGGCUCCGCACCUCUGGAUUUUCUUAAAAAUGGUUUACUUCAUUACUUUGAGGGUCCAACUCAACAGCCACAGCAAUCGAGGUACAUUCAACAAUAUGAUGUUACUGAACAACCAGAAAGGUCUUCUAUACUUGCACCUAAACCACAAUAUGGACCUCCACAGCAGCAAGCAAUGUUGGGCUAUCUAUCAAAUGUUCCAAUGCAAAUAUAUUUAAUACCGCAAUAUUAUAAUGAGCCGACUGAGCAAGUGGCACACCAGCAAAAUGAAGUUCAGAUAACAGCACCUGCUGCAGCAAGAACGCAAGUUUAUCAAGAUCCACAACAAAAUCAACAGCAAGAACAACAACAACAGCAAACUAAUUACAUUGAAGUACCGACAUAUGUAACUCCUACUGGCAAGCCUUACACACAGCCCUACACUUCACCUCUGAUUUACGUUAGCCAUGGUCAACCAUCAAUUGCGUCAGUGCAACCUACCGCAACACCAGUUUUCACCUAUCAGGUUCCCGUUGUCCAAUAUUCCACCGCUAUAUCAGCACCACCACCGAAGGGGUAUUACCAAAGUCCACAGUACACAGAAACUAAUUCAGUCGAUGAAGUACAAGAAAAUAAUUAUAACUUUAAUAACCAGUAUUCUAGUCAUACCGAAAUUCCUUCUAAACCAUCAGGUCCAGAUUAUCCACGAUACUACAACUCUCGGGCUCCUUUAAGAGAAGAAUAUCGAACUCCACUUGAAUUGCCUCAUCCGAGCUCACUUCUUAUAAAGGCUCCACCGCCGCAUUUAUCCCACAUUCCCAAGGCCUUGCCAGAGUAUCGUCCUAUAGCGAAACCUGUUUAUGCUUCAGGAGGUAACUUUAUAUCAAGUGCUUAUAGUCCGAGACCAAGUGAAUCGUACAACACAUUUAAAAGGCGACCAACUUCAUUAUUGGAUUCAUAUAUUCCAUCUAGUGUUCAAAUAGAGUAUUUGAAGCGAGGAUAUACUAAGGAUCCUUUAGCCGCAUACGAAGCGUUGUCAAGUGGUCGAUUUUUAUCACAAACACCUGUGAUUCCAAGGCAUUACGAACGUGGUUUCUUACCAAAUCAAAUUUAUCACACGGCUGCUGGUGGUAUUACAUUUGGGCAUCACAAAAGGGCUCCAAAAAUCAAUAAGCCUCAAAAAAAAUAA